UUUUUGAUGGUGGGUUAUUGCGGAAAAUUAUGGUUUUCAAGGGGACUGAGUUGCUGUUAGCCUGUAAUAGUGGUACUAUUACAAUUUUGAUAUUAUAAUUCACAAACCCUACAAUUUUAAAAUUUUAUAGGGUUUUGAUAUGAUGAAGGGUUUUGAUAUAAUUUAGGGUUUUAAUAUGAUUGAGGGUUUUAAUCUGAAUUAGGGUUUAUGAGGAUAGAAGAUGCAAUUUCAAGAUAUGAUCGAUAAUGUUGUUUUUUCAAUUUUUUAAGCGAAGAAGGGCUUUAUAUGCUCAAUUCUCUUCGCUUACAAAUUCAUUUGCAAUCCCAAUUAAAUCUCCAUCCACCCACAAUUCCUCUUUACAACCAUCUCUUAAAAAUUCAGUGCCGCAUUCCAAGAUUAAUUUAUAUGCCUCCCUUUUCUGCUCCCUCAUUCAAUUAUAUCUAUCAUGUGGACAUCCUUCUCGAGCUUCACAAGCAUUUACCAUCAUGCGAUCAACUGGCAUUGCUCCGCCCGACUUGCCGGCAUGGAACCACCUUCUACUCAGCUUUUAUAAGUCUGGUAUGGUGUAUCAGGUUUGGCUUGUUUAUUCGGAGAUGCUGGCUUGUGGAGUUGUGCCUAAUAUCUCCACUUCUAACAUAUUAAUCCGCUCUUUAUGUAAUUUGGGCAUGCUGGAUUCUGCUCUUCGGUUUUUUAGUGCUCUUGAUGAAGUUAACACAAUCACCUAUAGCACUCUCAUCUGGGGCUUCUGUCAGCAAAAAUUGCCAAAACAUGCUUUGGGAUGCUUAUCUCUGAUGAUUAAGAAAGGAAUUUUUGUUGAUUGUUGUACUGGUAAUAUUUUGAUCAAGGGUUUUUGUGAUGUUGGAUUGCUGGGGUAUGCAGAACAUGUACUAAAUACUUUGAUCUAUUUCAACAGCGGUGGUGUUGAUUCUUAUCCUGAUCUUAUUAGCUUUAAUACCUUGAUUCAUGGCUAUUGCAAGGCUGGUAUGAUGGCUAAUGCUAUUCAAGUAAUGGAGAAUAUGAAGAAGACUGAAUUACAGCCUGACGUAAUUACUUAUAACAUUCUAGUUGAUGGGUAUUGCAAGAUUGGGGAUUUUUCUGAGGCCAAGAAUUUAUUGAAUACGAUGUGGGAUACACAGUUUGGUAAACGGUUUCUGUCAGACGUGGAAAAUAUCAAGGAUGAUGCCAAGAAUGUAAGUGUGGGUGCAGUGCAACCCAAUGUUGUUACGUACACAUCAUUGAUCACUGCAUACUGCAAGCAAGGAGCUAUGCAAGAAGCACUUGAUUUAUACCAGGACAUGGUUAAUGGUGGAAUCUUUCCAGAUGUCGUCACAUACACUUCCAUUAUAAGUGGCCUUUGUAAAACUGGAAGGUUAGUGGAGGCACAGACUCUUUUCAAUGAGAUGAAGCAAAUGGGAAUUGAACCUAAUUACCUGUCAUCAUCAACUAUAAUUGAUUCAUUUUUCAAAGAUGGUAAUGCGUUUGGCGCAUUUGCCUACCUAAGUCAGAUGGUGGUACGUGGAUUUUGUCUUGAUCUUGUCUUAUAUACAAGUAUGAUGGAUGGGCUUUUUAAGGUUGGUCAGCCAAAAGAGGCUAAAGACAUGUUCAAGAUGCUUAGAAUGUGUAAUAUGCAACCCAAUCAGAUUACCUUUACCGCACUAAUUGAUGGUCUUUGCAAGUUAGGAGACUUGAAGAAUGCUGAAUCAGUGCUUCAAGAGAUGGAGGUUGCAAGUGUUCUUCCAAAUGUCGUUACUUACUCAUCUCUGAUUAAUGGUUAUGUUAAAGGAAAAAAGCUUCAGAAAGCUUUUGGACUAUUAAGGAAGAUGGUCCAGCAAAAUGUGCUCCCUAAUUCGAUAACAUAUGGUACUUUAAUUCAUGGUUAUGUUGCAGCAGGAAAGAAAGAACUUGGCUUGGAGCUGUAUAAGGAAAUGAAAUUGCAAGGUUUGGAAGAAAACAAUUUUAUAGUUGAUACAUUUGUGAAUAUUUAUAAAAGAAGCCAGAAGAUGGAUGACGCAAUGGAAAUGAUUAAGGAUGUCAUGUCUAGAGGCAUAUUGCUUGACCGUAUUAACUAUACAAGUUUAAUGGAUGGCUAUUUUAAGCUGGGAAAUGUGUCUGUGGCUCUUAAACUGGCCCAAGAAUUUAUUGAAAAAGGUUUAGGAUUUGACAUUGUUGCAUUUAAUGUUUUGUUGAGUGGGCUUUUGAAGCACGGAAAGUAUGAACCAGAAUCAGUUUAUGGUGGAUUGAAACAAUUCAAUUUAGUUGCUGAUUCAGCUACAUACAACACAAUGAUCCAUGCUUAUUGCAACGAUGGUAAAGUAGCACAGGCAUUUAAGUUGUGGUCUGAAAUGAAGGAGCAUGGGCUUGUUCCCAAUCAAAUUACCUGUAAUAUUCUUGUUAAGGGGUUGUGUAAACUUGAUAGGUUGGAUGAAGCUAUGGACUUGCUCAAUCAAAUGUCAGCCAUUGGUUUCCGCCCAAUGGCCAGCGUGCACCGACUUAUUCUUGGUGCUGCUUCAAAUAUGAGAAGGGCAGGUGUGAUUAUGGAGAUUCAUGAGCAACUCUUAGCCAUGGGCCUUGAAGAAAAUUGUGUAAGCUGUAACACUCUCAUCGAUGCCUUAUGCAGGCUGGGGAUGACAAGGAAAGCUUCCAUCAUGUUGAGCAAGAUGAAGAAUAGAGGUAUACCAGCUGAUAUUGUCACUUAUAACAGCCUCAUACUUGGAUAUUGCAAAAGUAGCCAUAUUAAAAAGGCCUUUUCAACAUAUUCCCAUAUGCUAAAUGAGGGAGUGUCCCCAAAUAUAGUCACUUACAACACUCUUCUUGAUGGUGUUUUUUCAAUGGGAUUAUUGAAGGAGGCUGCAAGAUUAAUUGAUGAAAUGAAAGAUAGACGGUUUAUGCCUGAUGCUGUGACUUACAAUAUUUUGGUUUCUGGUUAUGCAAAGAUGAAGAAUAUCAGGGAGUCUAUCAGACUUUAUUGUGAAAUGGUGUGCAAAGGCUUUAUACCCACAACGGGUACCUACAAUACACUUAUACACCAAUUUUCCCUUUUGGGAAGGAUGAGCCAGGGUAAAGAACUUAUGAAUGAGAUGAAAGUUAGAGGCGUUGCACCUAAUGCAUCUACAUAUGACAUAGUCAUUAAUGGCUGGUGCAAUUUGUCCAAUCGGGCAGAGCUUGAAAAAACUUUAAAGGGCUCAUAUCGUACUGAGGCCAUGAAACUGUUCAAAGAAAUGACUGAUAAAGGGUUUGUUCCAGAUAAAAGUACCAUCUUUUCUAUCUGUUCCACUUUAGCAAGAUCAGGAAAGAAAGUUACAGCUCUGAGAUUGAAGGAAUAUUAUGACCGAAGUAGCCAAGGCCAAGUGAUCACUGAUGAGGAUUAGGAGAAAUUUACUAUUUUUUUGGAUCCAUAUUGAUAUUGAGACCUUUAUCUGGCCAUUUUGAGGAUAAAAUAGCAGCAACUUUAUUCUAAUACUCCAUUUAGCUGGUCUAGAAAUUUUCUUGUAGGCCCCACCCUAUACAUGUUGGUUUAAACAUCUUGAUUAAAUGCUGAUUCGGUUCCCUUUUCUCAUGACAUCCAAGUCUUCCAGCCUAGUGUAGUGUUGACUUCAACGGGCUGCAUUUUGAAAUGCAAGCAAUUACAUGUCUGUCCGUCCCUGUGGACAUAUAUAUGCGAGUUGAGCAGCUGAGGCUAUCGCUGGAGGAAAUUCUAUUUGGAUGCGUUACGCAUAACUGAAAGAUGCUACUAUUCUGUCAUUACUCAUUUCUGGUUUGGUUUUGUGAAGUGCCCAAGUGCAUAUAUCUCAAAUCUCAGUGGAUUUUCAACAAAAACCCGAGCAGAAAUUGAGUAUUGAAGUCUCAGUCACCACAUCUUUAGCAAAAGGGUCUACAUGAUGUAUUGAAUCCAUUCCUCGUGAAGCCCUAUAUAGUUGACUAAUGCUCGGUUUACUAGUAGAGUAACAUGUGAACGCAUAAAACAUUUGGAUGCACACAACAGGUCGUCAGCCACGAGUAUCUCAGUGAUCUGGUGGUGUAUCGGACGGCAGUUGGGGAUGGACAGAAUACGCUAUUUCGCACUUCAUCUCCUUUGAUACCAAUCGAGGCUAACAGCAUGGUAUCUUGGACUCAAUUUCUUGGAGAAUGCCGAGAAGAUUGUGACUGUAGAAGAGGCACAGAAACUUUAAAGCCAGCCAACGUGGGACUGCACGAAGCACAACGACUCUCAAAGAACAGCAAUGAGCGGCAAGAACAUGCUGAGCAUGAGACUUAACAAGAAGGCAAGGAAAACUGAAGAAGACCUGAAGGGCAGGCGUGAAAUAAUCUGUACUUAUGAUUUUUUGUGCGUACACGAUAAAAUUGAUUGUGGCAAUCUCCGUGGGAUAAUUCUGGGUGAUUUGGGGUGUGCGGGGGAGUCCAACCGCACAAUGCCCGUGAAACUAAAAGGGUUCAUAUUCGAAAAAUUAUAUAAGAAUUACAUAGUUAUAAGGUAGAGUAGGUGAUUGGAGAUUUACUUAACAAAUCAAUGGUCAUACGAUUAGAUGCUGUUGAUUUUUUUUGUUCUUUGCGCUAUAAUUUUGUGUAAUAUGGAAUAAUCUACUAAAGGGCUGUUUGGUUGGGUGUAAUUAUCAAAGGGAAAGGGAAUGAACAGACCCAAUUCUCUUUGUUGUUGUUUGUUUGCCACUUUUUAUCAUUCCCUUUCCUUUUUUAUUUUUGGGUUUACCUAAUUUUGGGCCACACUCAUUCCCCACCCUCCCCAAGACUUGAAAAUUUGAAAUACUUGAGCGAAAAAAAAUAAUUUAAUUAAAUAAAUCAAGUUUUAAAAAAAUCCCAAAAGUAAGCGUGAAAACUCCAAAUCUGUGCUUUGGAACUGCGAACAACAUAUAAGACAAACUAGCUGUUCGCAGUUAGUAACUGCGAACAACUAUUUUGUCUUAUAUGCUGUUCGCAGUUAGUAACUGCGAACAAACUUGUUCUACAAAAACGCAGGUCAAUUUCUUUUGUUCGCAUUUUACCCAUUUCGCAAAAACCCUAACUUCAUCUGACAUUCUCCCUCUAAAACCAUUGAUUCAUUUCAUCAAAUCUUGCAUUUCUCUUUCAAUUUGGCACUUUAAAAUUAGUGUGGGAUACUUUAGCUUGCUCAAAGGUAAAUUUUUUUGUGUUUUUUUGGUGUAUAUUUUGGUUUUUAGGGUUUUUACCAAAUUUGUUUAUUUUUUCAAAUGUAGGUUUGUAGUUGUUAAAUCAAGAGUAAUCUUAA